AUGUACUCACAGCGCCCACUCUCCUACGCGCCAACACCGUACAGCUACACACCUAACCCCGCUCGAUCGGCCUCCAUCAACCUUGACGAAGAAGUCAAACUAGCGUCGAGUCCAGCUGAACGUGAUUUAUACGAAUCACUAGCCGAAAUUUACAGCAUCAUCAUCACUCUCGAUGGACUUGAAAAGGCAUACAUCAAGGAUGUGGUCACCGAGGCAGAAUAUACCGAGACAUGCACACGGCUCUUGAAGCAAUAUAAGUCGAGUCUUGGGGAUGAAACAGUAUGGCGGGAAUUUGUGGAUUUAGAAACCUUCAAACGGACUUGGGGCUUAGAAUGUCCACGGGCUACAGAGAGAUUGCGCAUUGGUCUUCCUGCAACAGUUGAGCAGGCUUCUCACGGUGCACCAACACCUAGUAUGGGCGCCGCGGCGACAGGGUCGGUUGGCGGUGCUUCGGGCAGUUUGAUUCUGGCGGCAACCGAGAACUUUAUCACCUUCCUCGAUGCAUUGAAACUCAAUAUGGUAUCGAAAGAUGCAUUGCAUCCGCUUUUGUCGGAGGUUAUCCAGUCUGUCAACAAGGUGACAGACAGCGAUUUUGAGGACCGCGGCAAGAUCAUACAGUGGUUGAUCGCAUUGAAUCAGAUGCGCGCUACUGAAGAACUGAGCGAGGAUCAAGCUCGGGAGCUUGCCUUUGAUAUUGAACGGGCUUAUCAAGGCUUCAAGGCGACGUUGAAUUGA